AUGAGCAAAAGAGUUUGUUUCAGCCCCAAACACGGCGGCGCCGCCACCAAAGACGGCGGCUACGGCGGCACCAAGAAGAAGGCCAUAGUACUUCGGAUAUGGAUUUUCAGGCGGCCGAGAUUUUCGUUCGGCGAUUUUUUCCGAAAUGUCGGGUCGAAAGUGUCGAAGGCCCUACCGGCGAUGCCGGGCCCGAGAAGAUGCUCGGGCCGUGUCGCCAGCCUGGCGAGAUCACGGUCGUACGCGGAGACUAUAGACUCUCAGAGGGCCGAGGCUAUCGAGGAUUGUAUCGAGUUCUUGAAUAAUCCUUCGUUGCAAAGAUCGAGCUCGGUUAGCAGCUCUUGUUAG